AUGUCUCCUCCUGGCCUCAGUAGCCUCAAUGGGGACGGCAUGUCCGCGGCUUCAGCAUCCGCAUCCGCAGCAAGUAGCAGCGGUCGUCGGGCCACAUCGAAGGAUUUUGUGCCAUCGGUUGUUAGCGAUGAAGUGCUCGAGACGGAAUUCCUCAUUAUCGGCGCUGGUCCCGCAGGAUCGUCCCUGGCUUGCUUCCUGGCAUCAUACGGGCUGAAAGGGAUCGUGAUCAGCGCGGCACCGGGCACGGCCAACACGCCGCGCGCUCAUAUCACCAACAUGGCCGCUCAGGAGUGUCUACGGGACAUCGGUCUCGACCAGGAGACAACAAAGGCGGCGUCAAAGGGAGCAUGCAUGGAGCACAGUCGGUGGUGCCACAGCAUGGCUGGCGAGGAGUAUGCGCGUAUAUACUCUUGGGGCAACGAUCCGCAGAGAAAGGGCGACUAUGAGACGGCGAGCCCGUGCGAGCCGGUGGACUUGCCGCAGACGUUGCUGGAGCCGAUACUGGUGAGGCGUGCAACCAGCAGCGGAUUUUGCGUGCGCUUCGACACGGUCUUGGCGUCGUUUGAGUACGACGAGGCCGCCCAGCGCUACACGGCCACGGUGCACGACCGCGUGACGCGCCUGGCAUAUCGGAUCCGCACACAGUAUCUCUUUGGGGCCGACGGUGCGCAGAGUCAGGUGGUGCGCCAGCUGCAGCUGCCGCUUCUCCGGAAGCCAGGCCAAGGCCUCGCGGUCAACGUGCUCGUGCGAGCUGACCUGGCCCAUCUCGUCGGUCCUCGUCGCGGAAACCUCCACUGGAUCAUGCAGCCGGACCGCGAGAGCCCAGACUUUGGCUGGACCUGCCUCACCCGUAUGGUCAAGCCGUGGCACGAGUGGCUGUUCAUCCUGAUGCCGAGCCCCGGGGCCGAUCUCGCGGCCGAGCAGCCCAGCCACGAACAGUGUCGCCAGCGGGUGCAAGAUUUCAUCGGCGAUGACACACCCGUUGAAGUCCUUGACGUUUCGCGCUGGCACAUUAACGAAAUCGUGGCCGAAUCGUACUCGGUCGGGGAUGUCUUCUGUCUCGGCGACGCCGUCCACCGUCACCCGCCCAUGAACGGCCUCGGCUCCAACACGUGCAUCCAGGACGCUUUCAACCUGGCCUGGAAGAUAUCAUACGUGCAGCGCGGCUGGGCCGCCCCGGCGCUGUUGGCCUCGUACAGCGUUGAGCGCCAGCCCGUCGGCGCGGCCAUCAUCGCGCGCGCUAAUCAAGGCCUACGCGACCACCAGCCCGUUUGGGAGGCCCUGGGCAUGUUUCCGCCAGACAUCGAGGCCCGCCGUGCCGUUCUGGACGAGCUGCGGGCCCCUACUGCCGCCGGCCGGGAGCGUCGCAAGGUCUUCCAGGCGGCCAUUGAACAGACCGCCCACGAGUUUCACGGCCUCGGCAUCGAGAUGGGCCAGCGGUACGAAAACAGCACGGCCGUGUACACGGCCGACGAGCCGGCUCCGUAUGCACUGCCGCCAGGAAGCAAGGUCGCCGAGGACCCCGUCCUUUACUAUGCCCCCAGCACGUAUCCCGGUGUGCGGCUGCCGCAUGUCUGGCUCAACCGCGCGACUCCUGAGAAGGCCACCUCGACCAUCGACCUCGCUGGCCACGGCCGCUUCGUGCUCUUCACUGGUAUUGGCGGCCGUGACGCUUGGCGCACUGCUGCCGCCGCCGUCACCGCCCAGCUCGGCCCGCCUCUCGACGUCCACGCCAUCGGCUUCCGCCAGGAGUGGGAGGACGUAUAUUUUGACUGGGAGCGUCUGCGCGGCGUCGAAGAGUCAGGCGCCGUGCUCGUGCGGCCAGACCGCUUCGUGGCCUGGCGCUGUCCAGAGGUGCUUGACAGCCCCGAUGCCUGUGCACUGAAGCUGCUCCAGGUCAUGCGGGCCGUGCUCGGGUUUGGCAAUGCAGACAGCUGA